UACGGCUGACUCUCUCCCCCUUCAACAAACACUCAUUAAUGUCCCCACCUUUUUAUUAUCUCUACUGUGCUCAAGACAUUGUGAAACGCAGAGCCCAGAGGCUCUUCUUCCUCCCCUUAUAAGAGCCAAUCACAGAGAUUGCUGCUGACCUGAUCCACCCUGAGCAGAUGGUAUAAACACAGUGCAGGUGCCUGGCAGAAGUCAGUUGGAGGUUCCAGGCAUCAAGGUUCCAGGAUCCAGGAUCAGCAGGCACCAGCAGACGUCCUGCCACUAUGUGCUCCCUGCCCAUGGCAAGAUACUACAUAAUCAAAGACACAGACCAGAAGGUUCUGUACACAAGAGAUGGCCAGCUCCUGGUGGGAGAUCCUGAUGCAGACAACUGCACUGCAGAGAAGAUCUGCAUACUUCCCAACCGAGGCCUGGACCGCACCAAGGUCCCCAUCUUCCUGGGGACCCAGGGAGGGAGUCGCUGCCUGGCAUGUGUAGAAACAGAAGCCGGGCCUUCACUGCAGCUAGAGGACGUGAACAUUGAGGACCUGUACAAGGGUGGCGAAGAAGCCACACGCUUCACCUUCUUCCAGAGCAGCUUGGGCUCUGCCUUCAGGCUUGAGGCUGCUGCCUGGCCUGGCUGGUUCCUCUGUGGCCCAGCCGAGCCCCAGCAACCAGUAGGGCUCAGCAAGGAAAGUGAGCAUGCAGGACGCACCGAGUUCUACUUUGAGCAGAGUCGGUAGGACGACAGGGAGUCUGCUGCUCCCAAACCAGCUCAUCCCACUUGGAGUCUGUGGGAGGCAGAAUGAUGGUGCUUCCCCAAAGGUGUCCACAUCUUAAUCCCCAGAACCUAAGCAUUUGUUCUUGAACACAGCAAAUAGGACUUGGCAAAUGUGAUUAAAGAUCCUAGGUUCUCCAGGUGAGACCCAUGGUGACAGUGAGGAAGGAGGGUGGGAUGAGAGAGAGGUUGGAAGAUGCUGUGCUGCUAAUGCUGCUGGUGGAGAGAUGAGCCAGGGCCAGCAGGUGGUUUCUGGAAAAGGCAAUGGGGUGGAUCCUCCAGGAUGGCAA